GGUCCAGAAAACAAAGAAAAAUACUCUUACUUUUUUCUAAUUAGAUCGGCCAGCACAGUAGCUGCACAAAAUAUUGGUGGUAAAACCAUACAUUCAGCUCUAAAAAUAAAACAAACUCAUUCACAUUAUGAGACUUUAAUAGCCCAGAAUCAAAUCGCAAAAGAAAAUUUAAGAAAAGUAGAAACUAUAAUAAUAGAAGAAGUGUUCAUAGUCUCUA